AGAUUAAAUUUACAAGUGAUGUAGAUGCUGUUAUAUUUCUCGCAUCAAAUAACCACACCCUUCAGUUGAGCGAAAGUAGACUUAUAUUUAAGUGUUUUUGGCAAAUUAAUUCAUUUGUUAGCAUGUUGACGUUUGAUCGUCAAAAGGUAUUAGGAAAGGGAGGAUUCGCCACUGUUUAUGAAGGUACUUGGGGUGGAACUAAAGUAGCCGUCAAACGAAUUGUUGUAGGGGAUGCCGCAACCACGGAGCAAGAAGAGAUGGCCCUGAAAAUGUUGGAUCAUCCUAACGUCAUCAAAUUAUUUCACGUGCUGGAGAACCAAGACUUUAAAAUUUUCGUCCUGGAAUUUUGUGAUGCCUCAUUGGACCAACGAUUUCUCAAAGAAAAGGACCCCAAAAAAUACCGCGGCCCAAUGCCACCGGAAACUGAAGUUCUUCUCCAGUUGGCUAAAGGACUCGAGUACAUCCAUCAAAAUGGAUUGGUCCAUCGCGACAUCAAGCCACAGAACGUGCUCAUCCGUUUGAAUUCUACAACCCAACAAGUGGCGAUGAAGUGGGCGGAUUUUGGUUUCAGUAAACAAGUCAACGAAAGGGGUUCUUUCUCGAUGAGCGGAGUGAGAGGAACAUACGAUUAUUUCGCACCGGAAAUAUUGAAAUUACUCGACGACGAGAGUUCUACUGAUAACGAAGUUAAGAAGAGAGGAACAGUCCAGAGCGAUGUAUUCGCAGAAGGACUCGUCUUUGGCUAUUUCCUUUUGGGAGGGGUUCAUCCGUUUGGCACCUUGAGUCAUCAAAUUCAAAUCAACUUACGAACAAAUGAACCAGCCAAUCUUCCCAAAACGGGAGAAAUUUGUGAUAUUAUCACAGAAAUGUUGGAAAAAGAACCAAACAAUCGAAUGACAUCGUCUAAUGUCGUGAAUCGACUAAAGAAUUCACAGAUGUUUACUUUACUAGCAAAGGGGAACCCAAGCGUGGAAGAAAUCGAAAAACUGAUACAAGAAGGUGCCGAUGUCAAUGCCAAAGAUGAAAAAGGAUUGACACCGCUUUUAUGCUUAGCAGAAAGCGAAAAGAUAAGUGAAAAUUUGGUUGAAAUAUUUAGUCUCUUGAUUCAAAACGGAGCCAACGUCAAUUCACUUGACAGCAACGGUAACAAUGCUCUCCUUAUGUGGUGCGAAAAUCGUAAACAAUAUCAAAACAAAAGUUUUUUGGCAAUUAUCAAUCUCUUCGUUGAAAAUGGGAUCGAUGUCAAUUGCAAAAACAUAUACGGAAAUAAUGCUCUCACCUUAGUGUGCACUUUUUAUGAAAACGAAAAUUUAAUUGACAUUAUUCGACUUUUAAUUGAAAAUGGGAUCGAUGUCAAUUGCAAAGGCAAAUACGGAUGGAAUGUUCUCACUUAUUUGUGCUACUCUUACAAAAAGGAAAAUUUAAUUGACAUUAUUCGACUUUUGAUUGAAAAUGGGAUCGACGUCAAUUGGAAAAACAGAAACGGACAUAAUGCUCUCACCAUCUUGUGCUACCGUUACAAAAACAAAAAUUUCAUCGACGUUAUAACAUUAUUAAUCAAAAGUGGAUUCAAAGUGACUGAGGAAACGCGUGGCUUCUUCCAGAGAAAUUAUAAAGAAACAAAUCGCACCGAAGUCUUGCAAUUACUUCAUGUUUAAACAACAUCCACAUUAACCAGCAAACUAUAACGAAUGGCCGCCAGUUGAUUAGAGUAGAAGAAUGUAUCGAUUACGUAGCGGAUUGGUACUUGAAAACAGAAGAUAAGGAAGAUACGGAUUUAUUGCGCAGACGACUGGAUAGAAUUUAAAAAAGCGGGUGACGACGGAGUAACAAUUUCAAAACAAGUGCUUUUGACAAAUUGGGUCAGCUGAUUCCACAAGUGAUUAAAAUGUAAGGAAAGUAAGCAAGUAAUUGCUUUAAGCGAUUCGUGGAUUGCACUACGGAAGUAGUCAACAAACGUCGGUGAAAAUAGAACGACGAUUGACAGGAAUAGUCGCAAAGUGUGAAUACUGAAGCAGUCAAGUAUUCAACAACCUGCAAUCGAAAGGUUUUCUGCUGUUUAUCCUGAGGAGAAGUUAUGGCCUCUGCUGAUCGAACCAGCGCCCGCUGGUUUCGCCAGUACAAAAUUCUACAACUGGCGAAUGUCAACAAUGAGCUAAUGUCGAUUCCCGUGUCGACCUGCACCCAGGAAUCAGCCAACUAUUCAGACGCGCCCAGCACAAAACCUGGAACUCUUGUCUAACGCAGACGAGAAUUAAUUUUGCUUAAUUUCCUUCUUUUUUUAUGUUUCUAAACAAAGAAAAUAAAAUCAAAGUUUUGCUCUAAC